CCAGAGCCCUUAAUGGUUGAAAUGCGUUUGGAUCAUGUUUUAUAACAGUCAUUUUUGAUCAAUUUUUUUUGUAACAUUCAGAGUGCCUUACAUUUUGCUCUACCUGCAACUGAGAUCUCAGGUCCAGGAAGUGAAAUUAUACAAAAGUUGACAAUAUGAGCUUGUACUUACUUUACUGGGCUUAUUACUUUCCUGCUUUGGAACAAUUGUCCACAAACCCAACUGGUUAGAUUUAGAUUUGCCCUACUGGCCACAUUUUUUCCUGUGGUUUCCUUUGCUUUGAAAGCCCCAGCAUGCAAGGGAAGAUUUUUGAAUGACACAACUUGCUUAAAGGGGAACUUCACCUAAAAACUGUUUCUGUUUUCAUCAUGAAAGAAAAUAUUUUAUCCCUUUCAGUUCUCUGCACUCACUCUUUGUUCUGACUCUUGAAACAAUGUAGCAGAAUGACAUUUUCUUUCAUUACACAUAAACAGUUUUGGCAGACAUCCUCGUUAAAUAAAAUUAUCCAUUUUCAAAAGUGAAAACAAAGUGUUGCCAGAUUCAUACAUAGCAUAUGAACAAGUUUAGCAAUAUCCGUAUAAAUUGGGAGAGGGCAAGAGCUUUCCAACUUGCCACCAGUUCGUAAAGGGACAGGGCAUAAAUAAGAAAGAGAAGUAUUAUAAUGAGUUAUUUGAAGCACAUACAGACUGAUAGAUGAAACCCCUUUUAAAGGCUGUCACGUUUAAAGCGGCCAAGGGAGGGAGAGAAAGAAGCAGCCAGGGUAUAAAAUGAAAACAAAGCCAUUAAAUAGAUUGACAGGUGUGGUUUGUGUGAGAUCUCUAUGAAAGUGUCAGGGUGACGUUGGCAGCAGGAGGAGGAGUAACGAAGUGAAGCAGGAAAAGCAGCUCGAUGUGUCUGUCUAUCAGUUGAGACUGUCUGAGAAGCCCUGGGAUCUGAAUGUCUUGUUAUAUGACACUGAGAAAAAAAAGGAGAGAGGGGACGCUGGAUCUCCUCCUUUCCCUGGAGUUCAGAGACACUCUGGGAUUUUCUUCUCCCCUUCAAGGUGGGCAAAAUCCAAGCUUUUGCGCGCAAACUGCUCCACUAAUCCCCAGCAGCUUCUGAAUGUGUUCCUUUGCUUUCUGUUGCAGAUCGAGAUAACUCUGUCAUUCUGUAGGAUGCCUUCCAGCUGACAGCGUGCUCCUGUAGCGAUGGUGUGGGCAGGAGAGAGCCAGCAAAGUGCUGCCCAGAGAUGCUAGUCCGUGGCACAGGCUGCUCUUGUCCCGAAUAAGGGCAUCCCCGCUGUGCCAUCACUGGCAGAGGAGGAAAGGAGGCGCCGCGAUCGAUCAGCUGCCGAAAAGAGAUGGAGCAGAAAUGAUCGCUGCCCUCACCAGAAAAUCCCAAGCCGCCAGCAGUUGAAAGGGAGGAAAAGUUGCUGCUUGUGAGACUCUUCUUUGAUGUUGGAGAAAGGGCUGUAGGGGGAGUGACUGCGCUUUCCCCGAGCCACCGACACAACUGUAUGAAUAGGACACAUCCACAAUCCGGCCGGGGAGCGGGGGAUUGGACCGAUCCGAGCCGGCCUUCGCAUUUCGCUUUUCUCCAUUCGGAAAGCUAAUAAGCAUAUUGUGGGGAGCAGCGACAAACCCGAGCGGCUGCGGGCACCAAUCUGCCCAAAGAACAAGGAACUUGCCCGGAGAAGGCAGUGCGUGUGGCGGCGCCUGUCCGGGAGUGGGCUGCUCUCCUAGCGGCACCGACACAGCUUGCUCACAUCUGCCGCCUCUGCCUCAUACCAGCCGCAAGAAAAGUUCUCUUCUUUAUCUACCCGAGCCGGCCUUCCAGCGCUCUCAUCUCUUUUUAUUUGAUCCUUUUCCUAUCUUGUAUCCUGCAUGAACAGAGAGGGAUUGGAGAAGCCCUGCGGAAGCCCCCCAGCUGUGCCAGCAGGAUGCCUAGGAGAAAACAGCAAGCCCCCCGGCGCUCUGCAGCAUAUGUUCCUGCAGAAGAAUUAAAGGCAGCUGAAAUCGAUGAAGAUAAUUUGGAAGAUGAUGGCCUUUCAUUAGAUGUUCAGGAUAGUGACUAUUUAUACAAUGAAGAACAUGAAAUCAAAGAGACUCAGAGCUACCAAAAUUCUCCCAUUAGCAGUGCAACCAAUCAGGAUGCUGGCUACGGUUCACCAUUUAGCGAGGCAAGUGAUCAACUAGCUGAUUUCAAAAGUACCUCCUCUAAAGAGGGACAGGAUAAAGAAGAUGGCCAGAAUACAGAAAAUGCUUCUUACCCUUCAGACAGCUUGGCACAAAUCAAAGCAGUGUAUACAAAUUUACUCUCAGAAUGCUGCUGGUCUAAUUUAGCACUAGAUUUGAAAAAAUCUAAUGAAAAAUUAAGUCCGUCGGCAAACACCAAUAAUAGCAGCCAGAGUGAUACGACUGGUGUAAAAUCUGACCCUGGUACACCUACUACUAUCACAAGCAGCAGUUGUACAAAUACAAGUACUAGUAUUAGUGUCACUACAAGUAAUAGCACCAUUUGUAAUAGUGCUCCAGGAUACGAUUGGCACCAGGCUGCUCUAGCCAAAACUUUACAACAAACCUCAUAUGGACUUCUGCCAGAGCCCAGCUUAUUCAGCACAGUGCAGCUGUAUCGACAAAAUAAUAAACUUUAUGGAUCUGUUUUUACUGGUGCCAGUAAGUUCAGAUGCAAGGAUUGCAGUGCAGCGUACGACACUUUAGUAGAACUAACUGUACACAUGAAUGAAACCGGUCACUACCGUGAUGACAAUAGAGACCGGAAUGCUGAAAAAACUAGGCGUUGGUCUAAACCCAGAAAAAGAUCACUCAUGGAAAUGGAAGGGAAAGAGGAUGCCCAGAAGGUGUUAAAAUGCAUGUACUGUGGACAUUCAUUUGAAUCAUUGCAGGACCUCAGUGUCCACAUGAUCAAAACGAAGCAUUACCAAAAAGUGCCUCUGAAAGAGCCAGUACCAGCGAUCACGAAACUGGUCCCUUCCACAAAAAAGCGAGCACUUCAAGACAUUGCUUUGCCAGAUUCACCUGAACAAGCAGGGAUUUCCCCUGGAGCUUCUGUAAGUGAGACAGCAAAGGACCCAAAAGCUGCCAACCCUUAUGUGACUCCUAACAAUCGAUACGGCUACCAGAAUGGUGCUAGUUACACAUGGCAAUUUGAGGCAAGAAAAGCUCAAAUUUUAAAGUGCAUGGAGUGUGGCAGCUCUCAUGACACAUUGCAACAGCUUACUGCUCAUAUGAUGGUCACAGGUCACUUUCUGAAAGUGACAAACUCUGCCUCUAAAAAGGGAAAGCAGUUAGUUAUGGAUGCAAUUGUAGAGGAAAAAAUCCAGUCUAUACCUUUGCCCCCAACAACACAUGCACGACUACCAGCAUCCUAUAUAAAAAAGCCACCAGAUUCCCCAACUGGAUCAACCCAUUCCGAAGAGAGAAAAGAUCUGGAAAAGGAGAAAAUAAAUAAUGGUGAAGUAGAAAAAAAAAUCAAAGAGGAAAAUGAGGAUCCUGAAAAGAUUGAACCAGCAACUGUCUAUCAGUACCUUAGAGAAGAGGAUUUAGAUGACAGUCCAAAGGGAGGACUAGAUAUUUUAAAAUCACUUGAAAACACUGUGACCAGUGCAAUCAGCAAAGCUCAAAAUGGAGCACCUUCAUGGGGCGGAUAUCCCAGCAUCCAUGCUGCUUAUCAGUUGCCAGGAACUGUAAAAUCUUUGCAGCCAUCUGUUCAGAGUGUUCAGAUUCAGCCAUCAUAUGCCAGCAGUGUAAAGACCAUGACUUCUGAUCAUGCUUUGAUCCAUUCUCCUGGGAGCUUAACACCACCGCCUCAUAAAAGCAAUGUAUCUGCAAUGGAGGAGCUAGUAGAGAAAGUGACGGGUAAAAUAACUGUUAAAAAAGAAGAAAAAGUGUUAGAGAAAGAGAAGGCAAUUCCAGUGAAACCAUCAUCCCCAGUGGCAAAAGAAAACAAAGAAAUACUCAAACCAGAGGAAGUAAAAAACAAAGUACUAAAGAAAAAUAAUGAGACUGAAAUUCAGAAAGCCAAGAAGGAGCCUCAGAUAGAGCCCCUUGCACUAAAUGGUACAGAGUCGCUUAAAGCUAAAGUUACUAAUGGCUGCAACAGCUUAGGAAUUAUAACAGAUCAUUCACCUGAGCCAUCUUUUAUUAAUCCUCUGAGUGCAUUGCAAUCCAUCAUGAAUACUCAUUUAGGUAAAGUAUCAAAGCCAGUGAGCCCUUCAUUGGACCCUUUGGCGAUGUUGUAUAAAAUUAGCAAUAGCAUGCUAGAUAAACCUAUUUAUCCCACAACCCCUGUAAAGCAAGUAGAAUCCAUUGACCGCUAUUAUUACGAAGAUAGUGACCAACCAAUUGACUUGACAAAAUCCAAAAACAAACCUCUUGUGACAAGUAUCACAGACACUGUCUCAUCACCCCUGCGGGAAAGUGCACUGAUGGAUAUCUCUGAUAUGGUGAAAAACCUCACAGGCCGUUUAACUCCAAAAUCAUCAACGCCGUCUACUGUGUCAGAAAAAUCUGAUGCAGAUGGCAGCAGUUUUGAAGAAGCUUUGGAUGAGCUGUCGCCUGUACACAAACGGAAAGGCAGGCAAUCCAACUGGAACCCUCAGCAUCUCCUUAUCCUACAAGCUCAGUUUGCUUCCAGCUUACGAGAGACUGCUGAAGGCAAAUAUAUCAUGUCGGAUCUCGGUCCACAAGAACGGGUACACAUCUCUAAAUUUACUGGCCUUUCAAUGACUACCAUUAGCCACUGGUUGGCCAAUGUCAAAUAUCAAUUAAGGAGGACAGGGGGGACUAAAUUUUUAAAGAAUUUGGAUACAGGCCACCCAGUUUUCUUUUGCAAUGAUUGUGCCUCUCAAUUCCGAACUGCUUCAACAUACAUUGGUCAUUUAGAGACACAUCUAGGUUUUAGCUUGAAGGAUCUGUCAAAGCUUUCACUUAAUCAGAUUCAAGAACAGCAGAAUGUUACAAAAGUCAUCACCAAUAAGGCUUUAAGCUCUGUAGGACUCAUUGAGGAGGACUCAGGCUCCACAUUCCAGUGUAAGCUCUGCAACCGAACUUUUGCAAGCAAACACGCAGUUAAACUGCACCUUAGUAAAACACAUGGGAAGUCUCCAGAGGACCAUGUGAUUUAUGUAACUGAACUAGAAAAACAGUGACAUCCAGUUAUGCAGCCAGGUAUGCAAGUGACCACAAGAACAUUGCACUAAACGUAUUCAGAAUACUGCACUAGGCCUGACUUGAGCCUCAGAAAUCAGUCUUAUUUUUGUUGCUGAACUGCCUAUCUGGAAUUUUUUUUUUCUUACACAUAUUUUAUAUUUAUAUUUAUAUUCUCUUUGUCUGAUUUGUGCAUGUUUUCUUUUUGUGAGUCAAUGUCUGACCUUUAAUUUUCAACAUCUGUUCUUGAUGUUAAGCUAUCUUUUGUAGAUUGUAGUGGGAGACACUAUUUGAAAGACAUUCAUUUAGACACAAAGAAACACAAAGAACAAUGACUUAAAAAACUGAACAUCCUAAAAUUAUCAAGUUGCCAUGACAAUAAAGGUCAGAAAAUCUUGCGGUGUCACGUUAACCCAUUGAGCACUGCCAUAGCAUUUCGGUGCCUUUUGAAACAAAAGUUAACAGGUAUUUAUUUGAUUUGUCAGUUCUGUACACAAUACAGAACGUUUUACAACGUCAUAUAUAUAUAUAUAUAUAUAUAUAAAUAUAUAUAUUUUUCUUGGCAGAAUGCAGAUGCAAAAAUGUAGACGUGACUCUGGGACAAAGGAGAAAAGCUAUUUAGUACUCUUGGGUUAUGAUGCCACUUAAGUAAAAAUGCUACAAAAUGUGAAAAAAGAAUAUAAAUUCUCUAUAUAUACACAGAGCAAAUAAAGAUGCCAUCAUGUUCUGAGAGCUAAAAUUCCUCAUUCAGGCAAAAAUGUAUGCAAAUUUAUUAUUCAAAUAUGUAUAAAUGUUUCUAUUCUGUGAAGUAAAUACCGUAUCUAGAUAUUUGCAAAAGUAAGCUUUGGUACAAGCUUAUCUUCCUACAGCGUGCUGCAUUUAUAUCCCCUUUGCUACCAGCAGGUUAAAUACAUAUUUCAUUGCUGACAAAAUAACAGGAUAUUCUGGGGCAAAUAUUGGAUUCUGUUGCUUGUAAAUAGUAGACAUUAAUUUAACAGUACAAGUUACAUAUCUUACCAUUUGAAACUGUUGCAGUUUCUUUAUACCUUCUGGCUGUCUGCUUUCACUUUGGAAAUUUUAUAUUGUCAUUUUAUAUUCAAAUCCUGUGUAUAUAAAAUGUAAAAAUCACAAUUUUUUAAAUAAAAGUUUUAAGUUCCUGCAGAUUGACUUAAGCAGAGAAAUUUUACUGGCACCUGCAUCUUUAGAUGUACGUACAAAAGAAACUGACAAAAAAAAAAUAAAGAAAUAAAAAUAAAGCAAUGCACUAUGAAUUAUACAUUUUUUUGAUGUUCUAUCAUUAAUAUUGUACAGUACAUUUCGGUUCACACAAUUAAAUCCACUGUUUUCUCAAGUGUGAAAUAAACCCACAUGCAGUUCUUGAUUUACA